UUCUCAGUACCUUAACGGUGUUCAAGUUGUCUGGCUUACAUGUCAUGUCUAUGUGUCUGUCUCUCUUUGAAAAAGAAAAGCAGAUGAUUUCAUCGAGUCCUUGGAAGCAGAAGACUAGAAACCUACUUUAUUGUUUAUUCCAUCUUUUUUCAUGUCCCCCCCCUCUCCCCCUGCUAUAUAAGAGCCUGACAUUCCCCUUCUGUUGCAUUCAUUCUCCAGCUCAUCGUUCCAUUUGUAUCCUGUCCUUGUUUGUUUCUUUCCCUUUUUAUCUCAUCAUCUCUAGAUCAUUAUUCUAUCAUCAUUUCCAAUCAGAAUUCUUCAUGGAGACUGUCGAAUUGAAGGUGGAGAUGGUUGGCAUACAUGAGAAAAGACUGAGGAAAUGCCUGUCAAAAUUGAAAGGAAUAGAGAAAGUGGAGGUGGAUGUUAGUAGUCAGAAAGUGAUGGUCACUGGAUAUGUACACCGGAACAAAAUACUUAAAGCCAUAAGAAGAGGUGGUCUUAAAGCUGAUUUCUGGUCCACCCAAGAUGAGCUUCUCAGUGUUUAUGCAAGUGCAAGUUAUGGAAGCUUGAGAUUCAACAACUUCAACUUCUUCUGACUAUUUUACUUCUUUUCCUUUUCUUUUUUCUUUUUUUAUCAUAUACCAAGGUUGUGAUUUGUGCCUUCAUAUUUUAUUGUUCCUUUCCCUUUCCUCUUCCCCUUCUCCUUUUCUUUUUGAAAGGAACUGUUACAUGUUGAAUGAUGAUACAUAGAGUGAAAUAGAAGAGUCCUGAAUUUUGCAGAGCCA